AACAACGAGCCUCUGAAAGCAUCACAUCCGACCUCCGCUCGGUAUCCUAGCAACCGCAAAACACUACCGCUCUCUCAGGCUGUGACAGUUCCCGUCUUCGGGGAGGUCGGCUCGUUUGUUUGCUCGUGUGGAAGAUGGACGCUUCACCCGAGGAUCAAACCAAAGCGGUGGUUAAACCCUCAAUCUUCAGUUUAAUCUCACCGCGACGGAAGGAGCCCAAAGAAAUGUCUUACUUCAACACCAAGGCAAAGGUCACUGAAGUGCCCAUGUUUGACCGAAUGUACCACGACACUGAGGAUUUUGAUAUGAAGGAGCGAUUCCACACCCAGAAGAACUUGAGUGGGAGAGGACUUGACAUAAACGAGGAGGUCUGCCAAAGGUCACGAGAGUACAAUAAGAAAAAAGAUGAACAAACUGUUGUUGAGUCUGGCCAGGGAGGAAUCCCAGGAGAGAGCCUCUCUUAUCUGAGAGUUAAUAGUUCCACUUUAAUUUGAAACACCUGCACAACCCAAGUUGCAACCUUUUAGUAAACAGUACAGCAAAGUACUUGAGAGGCAAAAGUGAAGUUGUCUGUGUUUUACGUCUGUGAGAGACUCGAAUGGGCAGAAAAGACUCAAAGGGACCAACUGAUUCCUCCAUUUGACCUUUUAUUAAACCUCAGCUCCUCAAA